AUGGGCAGAAGCAAUGCUGUGCCUGGCAGGUACAGAUUUCUGUUACUGCUCCUUCAUAUCCUGAGAGCUGUUACCGCACUGGAGGAGAAGAUUGUCAGUAAACCUGGAGACAACGCUACACUGAGCUGCAUUUAUCGAGGAGCAGAAUUGCACUUACAAAGCCUACGUGUGUAUUGGCAAAUAGCUGAUGAUCAAGAAGAGUGCUCUGUUGUACAUGCACUGAUCUCCGGUCAAGACAACGAAAGUGAACAGUGUGCUCACUUUAAAAACAGGACUCAGUUAUUCUGGGAUAGACUGGAAGAAGGCAAUUUUUCACUGCUACUCCUAAAUGUCAGCCACAGUGAUGAGCAUACCUACAAAUGUGUAGUGCUGCAGAAAAAAGAAUAUACUAAAGUCAUUCACCAGGCAAACGUGGUUCUCAGUUUAGCAGCUAGCUAUAGCCAACCAAUACUCAGAGGACCAAUGAGAAACACUAACAGCACUGAAGAGGAGGUGACUUUCAGCUGCAGGUCUGGCAAUGGAUACCCAAAGCCCAAUGUUUAUUGGGUAAAUAAAACUGACAACAGCCGUUUGCCUUCAUCAGAACCAAAGAUCACCCUCCACGACGAUGGCACUUACAGUGUUUUUAGCACACUGAAGGUUAAAGCCUCUCCUAACAUGCAAAUAGAGUGCUCCAUAGAAAAUAAAAUACUGCAGGAAAACCUAUCAGCCAACUACACACAGCAGAAGCAAAGCAGUGAUUCCAGCACAGAAAGUCCCAAAAGCCUGGGGAAAAAAGGGCGAGGUGCUCAAGCAGUUGGCAUCAUUUCCAUUGUCAUUCUGAUGGGUGUUCUGGUUGCUCUAACCUGCUGGCUACGAAGACGGAGGUCCUCUAAACUAGUGUCCUACACAGAUGUUCAAUCAAAUGAAGAUGAAGGAAGACUCAGCUGUAAGUAUUAA